CCGGCACCCCCUCCCCGCCUCUCUCUCUCCCUCUCUCUCCUUUUCCCGCCGGCGCCAUGAGCGGGUGGGCGCCGUACGUGGAGACGCUGCUGGCGGACGGCACCUGCCAGGAUGCGGCUAUCGUGGGCUAUCGCGAUACCCCCGCCGUCUGGGCCGCCGCGCCCGGCAAGACCUUCGCUAACAUCACGGCGGCGGAGGUGGCGGCGCUGGUGGGCCCGGAGCGGGGGCCGCUGCUGGUGAACGGCCUGACCCUGGGCGGGCUGCGCUGCUCGGUGAUCAGGGACUCGCUGCUGGUGGAGGGCGAGCACAGCAUGGACCUGCGCACCAAGAGCCCUGCCGGGGCGCCCACCUUCAACAUCACUGCCACCAUCACCAACAAGACCAUCGUGCUGGUGAUGGGCAAGGAGGGGGUGCACGGCGGCUGCGUCAACAAGAAGUGCUACGAGAUGGCCAAUCACCUGCGGCGCUCGCAGUACUGAGGGCGGGGCCACGCACGGACACG